GAGUGUAUGAGCUGCAAAUGUGUUUUCAAAAUUUUCAUAAUUCUUGUUAAUUAAUUUAUUGAAACUAAUAAUUUAAGUGUUUUUAUGAUACCGAGUGAUAGCAGAGAGUCAGCAAGGACAAAAUCCAAUAAUAAUUUUUAACUUUAGUUGUGCAAGUCGUGUUAUUAUGCCUAUAAACGCCACGCCUCCGUGUUGACUACCACUUCGAUAUGUCUUCUUCAAUACCUAAUCCUAAUUCUGAAUUACAAUGUAGCAGUAUUUUCACAAUAUAAUUUACAUAUUCCAUUAUGUGCUAAAAAGGCACUAUUUAUAGAUUUUGUUCCUGCUUUUAUUCCUUGUUCUAAAAUGGAACUAUUUCUAAUUUUAUCCUUCGUUUCCUUUGGACUUGCAUAUGAUAAAGCAUCUUUCUAUGGGGCCAGUUAUAUAUCAUAUCCACUACAAGAAGCUAAAGGAGCCACAGACAUUAGUUUUCGUUUCCGAACCCACCUCUCUGAUGCUUUGUUACUGCUAGCUGCUGGGAAAACUGACUAUUGUAUGAUACGUUUGGAAAGUGGCAGAGUGAAACUUCACAUAAACUUGGGGGCUGGAGAAAGUGAACUCUCAUCAGUGAAAGGGAUGUUCCUCAAUGACUCUCAAUGGCACCAUGUCAGCAUUGUUCGUAGAGAAGCCAACUUGACCAUGAAGGUGGAUGAUAGUGCUGUAAAGAAGAAGUUACCAGGAAGAUUUUUUGAACUUAACAUACACUUCGGAAUAUUUCUAGGCGGUCAAGGAGAUUUCUCUGAACUCUUUCUGGGUCACAUGGAGAAUUUUCGUGGCUGCAUGGAAGAUGUGUUUUACAAUGGCGUGAAGAUCAUAGACAAGGCGCGCAGUCGCAGCGGCUCGGUACACGUGGAGGGCGUCACUUGGAACUGCGCUCCCGAGUUCGACGCCGAUAUCGAUGCUGACAUCAGCUUCGUAGACGAAGGGGCCUAUAUGGUGUUGCCCAAAAUCAAUUCCAGGGCUGGAGGACGAUGGCACAUCGAGUUUAAGACGAUCGCUCCAAACGCCAUGCUGUUGUACAACGCUGGGGGCGGACGGGGAUCGGACUACUUAUCGCUGGAGAUACUGGAUGGGGCCGUGAGGGCCAAGAUGGCCCGAGGUCAGAUCUUGCACCCUGGCCGCGUGGACGACGGCAACUGGCAUGCGUUGCAGCUGGCCUUCAACCCUGCGCUAAUGGAGUUGUCCGUGGAUAACGUGGCGAUGAGUACCCGCAUCGAGAGCGGGGGUACUCGGUCCCUCGAGCUGGCCGACUCUUUCUACGUGGGGGGCAUCGAGCCCGAUAAGAGGCAGCGCGCAUUCACCCGCGGCGUCAAGGCGGCCGACUCCAGCCUCAUGGGCUGCAUGCGGCCCGUGGAGGCGGACGGUCGCGUGCUAGGCCUGCCGCAGGCCGCGGUGACUUUUGGCCUGAGCGCCCGCUGCGUGUGGUGGUUCCCGUGCAUGACGCGCCCCCCGCCCUGCGCGCCCCACGCGGCCUGCACGCAGCGCGGCCUGCACCACUUCACGUGCAGCUGCGACCGCGGCCUAUGCAUCAACCCGGACUACGCGGACCAGUACAAGGUGUUCACCCGCUCCAGCAGCGAGCUGGAACUGGUAUCGCUGUCCCCUCUAACGGUGAUGGAAGGCGGAGUGGCAGUCAUAACCGCGCAGCACAUCGACGUGGUGCUCGAUCACCACAAGUACGGGGUUCGACCCUCGGGCGUGGUGCUGCACGUGAGCCAGCCCCCUCACCACGGCCGGAUCGCGGUGGAUCUGUCGCCCCAGCGGAACAAUUACAUCGAUGUUGAGAAGGGCAAGCAGUUCUUCACGCUGCUGGACUUGACCAGGGAUAAGGUGCGGUAUGUGCACGACGGCUCCGAGAACCACCAGGACGCGAUAGUUCUGGAACUGGAGCUGGUGCCCGAGGCCAAGUUCACGCUGCCAGGCUACCUGCAGGGGCGCAGCGCCUUCGUGCUGCACGUCAACGUGACCCCGGCCAAUGACCCACCAGCGCUGGGCCUCAUGCCGGGCCGGCUACUCAGGCUGACGCAGAGUGUGCGCAGAGCUUCAGUUACUUUAAAUGAUUUGCUUUUGAGUAGUUGCAUGUUAUAUUUACCACGUUUGCGUCCGAGAGCACCCGACCCUAACAAUAAGUGUAAUGUGGCACUCGUAAAGUGAUAACGUCGGACAUCUUAAAGGCGGAAGACCCCGACACACCGCCUGAAGACCUCCUUUUCACCGUGCUGCAUACCAACAGGAAUGAAGCUAUCGGCGGCCACAUCGAGUUGUCCGGCCAGCCGGUGCAGUCUUUUACGCAGCGCGACGUUGACGCGGGCCUGGUGUGGUUCGUGCAUACCGCGAGCCCCGGCCCAGGCCCUGGCCCCGCCCACACGCUGGAUGACACCUCGCUGCGGGUCACGCUGCAGGUGUCGGACGGGAUAGAGACGAGCGGGCCCGGCGUGCUGCGCGUGACAGUUGUCCCGCUCCAAGUGCGGUUGGUCAACAACACGGGCGUCCAACUGGUGCACAACUCGUAUGCACUCAUCACGGCGCACAACCUCACCUUCGCGACCAACGCCGACGACACUGACAUGCAUGUCAGGUACGACAUAGUGAAGCCGCCUCAAUUCGGCGUGGUGGAGCGACUGCGCGCCGCGGACGGGUCGUGGCAGACCGCAGACUCUUUCACGGGAGAAAUGCUCGCCCAAUCACGAGUCAGAUACGUGCAUUUACUGGGCAGCCCUGCGCACGACGAGUUCAAGUUCAAAGCAUCAGUCGGAAACGUACGAACCAACACCCUUUACGACUUCCGACUCACGUUCAUAAAGCUGGAACUGUACCAGUCGACGAACGAGGAGUUGGUGCUCAACAACACGAGAGAAUCGUUCAUAUCCUCGCAGCAUCUCCGCUUUCAGACCCGACCUCUAACAUUGCCCAAUGACCGCGUACAAUACACCAUAUUGCGGCCGCCCAAAUACGGCAUCCUUCACCUUUCAUCCGGCAAACAUCAUAUACAGACGCACAGCACCUUCACUCAACAUCAUAUAGAUACAGACCAACUCUGGUACCGUCUCCACAGGAGAGCAUACUCCCAUAUACAAGACGAAUUCUCAUUCGUAGUGAGCGCCGCGGAAUGCGACAAUAUUACAGGAGUGAUGACCAUUCGACACGUCCCCGGGUCCUUAACAGCCGAUCAUAGCUCGGGCCGACUACACACCACUUUAGAACGGCUCCAAGUCAUGGAAGGAUCCAGAAUGGUGAUACCGGCCACCCAUCUCAACUUCCGAACGGAUACGAUCACCAACCUCGUGUUCAACAUAACGCAUUUGCCGAAACACGGCAAGAUCGAAGUGAUCAACGACAACUUGAAGAUAGCUAGGGACAACACCACAUAUUUCACUUUGCAAGAGCUGAACUCCGAUCGGGUUUAUUACGCGCACGACGAUUCGGAGAGCAGACACGAUUCGUUCCAUUUCAUGGCGCUGAGUCCUGAGCCGGAGGACUUUCAAUACGUCGGCGUUUUCCACAUAGAUAUAAUACUGAAGAAUGACAAUAGUCCGGUACGCGCUAACGACAACGUAUUCCAUAUAGUACAUGGGGGCGCUCGUCUCAUCACCGCCCGCGAUCUGAGCUACACAGACGCCGAUUUGGAUACGAAACCAUCGGAUAUAGUUUACACAGUGCAAAGGUAUACUAAGGAGCCACCCAACGGCGGUAUAUUCCGCGCGGACAAUCCCGCGGAGCAGAUUGCUCAGUUCACACAAGACGAUAUAAACAAGAAUCUGGUACUGUUCAAACACCAGGGCAAGGAGUACGGCAAGAUGGCGUUCUGGAUAUCCGACGGGCUGUUCGACGUGAACGGAAACCUGGAGAUACAGGCGUCGCCGCCCUUCAUACGGAUGUACCCCACCAACGGGUCGAUAGUUGAGAAUGGAAAGGCGGUUGUGAUCACUGCCAAAGAUAUGCAGGUGGACACGAACAUGAACUGCUUAGAAGAGGACAUUCGCUACGAAAUAAAAUUGUUUCCGAAGCACGGCUCCAUAGAGGUCGGGGAAGGCCAGGGAUCAGGGUCGUUCACGCAGUUGGACGUGGCCACGGGCCGGGUGUUGUACCGGCACCGCGAGCCCGGGACACUGGCCGACCAGGUCAGGUUCAAGGUGACCUGCCUGGAGACCUGGGGCGAGGGCACGUACCCCGUCAAGAUCUACCCGUCCAGCUACUGGCAGCCGCUGCGCGUGGCCUCCUGCCUCCCCCUGGCCGUGGAGGAGUCCACCAGCGUCAACGUCACCCGCGCAGUGCUGGAGGUGAUGCAUCCUCAGAUCGAACCUUCAAACAUUGUCUACAAAGUGACCGAGGGUCCUUACCACGGGUGGUUGGAGAUCACCUCCACUCCUGGAACCGUGGAAGUAGAGAAUUACAACGAAGAACCGGUCCAUGUCAAAGUCUUCGACCAGUCCAUUAUCAACGCCAACAGACUGGUCUACGUGCAGUCUGGUGUAAACAGAACGAAAGACAGGAUCAAAAUGGACGUCACCAAUGGCAUAGUGUGGCUCCGGGACUUGGAGCUGGCUGUUGUUAUAAUACCGGAGCAUUUCUACGUGGCAGCGGCGAAUCUGACCGUUGUAGAAGGCGAGGCGGUUAGCUUACGUCCGGAUUUGUUCAGGACACUCACUGAAUAUUACCGGGGCAAAGUGGUCAGCUACAAAGUGCUUGACAAACCAAGGUACGGCAAGAUCAUGAUGGCCGACCAGGAGCUCAGUCUGUUGCCUGUGUUGAAGCUCAACUCGCGGAAUAUUCAGUACGUAAACGAUGGAUCUGAAGAAUCGUCCGACCUCAUCAAGCUAGUUGCUAUCACUGAGAACGGCAAGGAGAGCGAGCCAUUCCACAUUCGCGUUAAUAUCGUGCCCGUCAACGACGAGACACCCAUCGUGGCCGCCAAUACGGGCUUGUGUGUGUGGGAGGGGGGGACCUUCACUUUUACCAGGAACGAGCUCUACGUAAACGACAUCGACACCCCGCUUGAAAACGUGACGAUCAUCGUCUCGGACAUCGUUUCCGGAUACAUCGCGACCCGCGGCCGCCUCGACUCGCCCGUACACAGAUUCUCGCAGGCCGACAUCGACAGGGGCGACGUUAUAUUUGUGCACAAGAAUGGUUCUAAAGGGAAAAUGAUAUUCAACGUCACCGACGGCCUGCACGAGUUGUCCAAAGUAACAUUCCUCAUAACCACCAAAUCGGUUUCCCUGAAGCUCGCUCGGAAACAAACACUGCGCGUGUUCCCUCUCAUGCGAGAACCUCUCAAUAACUACUUCCUUAUGUCCAAAUGCUCCGACCCGACCAGGACGAUCAUUUACAAGGUGGACAGAGCUCCCACUCUCGGGAGGCUGAUCAUGUUGAACGGAGACAACCACCAUAGAUCUAUAAAGCAGUUCUCCCAGCAAGACAUCAACGACACCGUAGUUUACUACGAACACACACACCCUUUCUCCGAUCUAUACACGAACGACUCAUUCAUUUUCACCGUCGAAGCAGCGCUGGCCAAGCCGAUCACAGAUCAGAUAUUCAAUAUCGAUAUAUCCGUAUCUUCGGGCGGUCUAGCGAAAUACGUGUACAUACCGCAGAUAAACGUGCAAGAGGGAGACAAAGUGCCGAUCAAAGUGAAUGUUAGUAACGUCAUUGGGUAUUUGGAAACUCAGGCUGGGCUGAGGCAGCCCCAGAUCGAGGGUCAAUGGUCACAGCCCUCCAACGGGGAGCUCAAACCUCCUAUGUCCUCGCUGACGCAGUCGCAACUGGAGGGCGGAGUUGUCAAUUACCAACACGACGGCAGCGAUACGGUUCAAGACAAAAUCGACAUGGCGCUAUAUCUGUUGCCGGACUACGUUCUAUUAUGCAAUGUCACGAUCCCUAUAAAAAUAAUGCCGGUGAACGAUCAACCUUUCCGCCUGCUCACCGACACUCCGCAGAUACAAGUGGUGCAAGGCGAAAACUAUACGAUUACGAAGAACGAUCUUUUAACCGAGGACGCGGAUACCGGACCCGCUGACAUACUUUACGAUAUAAUAAGCGGUCCGACGCAAGGACGAAUAGUCAUGUUGGAUGUAAACCAGACCAUUGACGAAGCUCAGUCGAUAAACAAGUUCACGCAGGAGGACGUUAAUAACGGACGCGUCAUAUACGAACACUCGGGUGUGCUGCAAACGGCUACGUUUUACUUUAGGGUUUGGGAUGGACAGUUCAAGCCCAUAUACAAGGUUUUCACGAUAGAUGUCCUCCCUGUUAUACUGAAUGCGACUGCCAUGCACCCUAUAAGCCUGCAGCAAGGCUCCAACGUGGCCACUGUCACAACGGACCAGAUUUACGUUGAAACUAAUGCGAAGAAAGCCAAAGUUUGGUACAACGUCACCCGUCAGCCACUACACGGGAUGGUUUACGUUGGCAGAAAUCCUGUGACCUACUUCUCCAACAAUGAUUUGGUUGAUAAAGUCGUGAUCUAUAUGCAGAACGAUAUGACGACUGCGAACGACAGCUUUGACCUCGUCGCUUACGUCCACAAUAGCAAUGCUACGAGACCUUUCACGAUUCAAGUGUUCGUGGUGCCGUUGAUGGAGCUUCUGGGCGAUAUGAAAGUGGAAUCAGAAAAAACAAAAAUCACCCUGAAUGUUAUGGACGCGUCAGGACUAGCCAAGUUGACGGCCAGCGAUCCGGUAUACACGAUAUUAAGAAAACCGAGGCACGGAGUCAUAAAAAAGAUUAUAAGAAGUUCUGGCGAAAAAACCAGCGCGAGAGUGAGAGAGGUAGCUUAUUUUACACACGAGGAUAUCAAGGCUGGUGUAAUUUAUUAUGUGACCAAAAAGAAAUUGAACGAUUUGAAUGGGAUAGAGGAUAGUUUCCGUUUCCUGCUGGCGGCGACUAUAUUCCAGCCUGCCGCGGGGGAUAUUAAAAUCUUCAUAGGGAACAGGCCGAAGAAAAAUUUGCCCGGACCGAACGACCCGGAAAGUCACGAGGGUGUUCCGGUGUCUACGGGCGAGACGGCGUCGUACUACAUGAUGAUAGUGAUGGCCCUUUCGGGCACCGUGCUAGCCGUAGUAUUCGUGUUGGCACUGCUCAAGUGUCGCCGCUACUUGCUCCGGGAGCAAGACGCGCUUCACAAGAUCCACGGGCAGAGUCAGGGCGUGGCGCCUAUACCGCUGCCCCGCCCACCAGACCAUCUGAUGCCCUCGCCCGCCCAGGGCACGCCGCCCAUCAAGCGGUACGUUUCUUCGGAGCAGAGCGUUCAUACUGGCGCUAGCACGCCGCUGCCCUCUGGCGGCAGCGUCGCUUGCAAAGUGACUCCGCUGGCAGACCAGGCGCUGGCCGACCUCAACGCGCGCUAUCCGUAUGGGGCGGACGACCAUACUGAUGCGGAGGACUGGAGCAGCUACGAGGCGAGCGAGUCCGCGUACGGAGUGAGGGCGGGCGGGCCGCCGCCCAACCCCAUGCUGCGCCGCAACCAGUACUGGGUCUGACCCGCCCCUCGCAUACCAGGCCCGUGACAUUCUGGAAGUGUAACUCUGAACCGGCGGCGCGGCAUCGACUUAGUCCCCACAUCAUUCCUGCUCAGCAAGUACCGGCUCAGCCACACCAGCAGGGAAGUUACACUCUAAUCUAAACUCUACCAUCAACACAAUACAAAUCAAUUUACUACACUACUCGCGCAGUCUUUUGUAAAAUAACCGCGUUCCAGCUAUUAUGAUAGGUUUUCCAAUGUUGAUAGAUAUUAAGACGCCAAAGGGUUUUAUUUUGUACGGUGUAAUUUUAGAGACGCACCAUUUAGAAAUAUUCACCAGAACAUCAGUGUGUCAACAUUGACUAUUGAAAUGAUAUACUUCUCAAGUUGCUGAUUUCGGUACUUUGGAAAAAUAUCGUAAUAAACAUUUUAGCGAAUAAAUUAUUGUUAGUACUGUUUUUAAAAGAAAAAAAUAGAAGUGAUAAAUGAGAGGUACUUUUGGUAGUUAAAAUUUCGUUGUCAUUUCAUUCACACGUUAAACAGAUUCUGAGCUGUCAAUUUUAUGUCAUCACUGUGAUUAUAUAAUCAGCGAUCGUGUAUCGUGUCUGUGUGGUCGCGGUCCAGUUAUUUCCAAAUAACAGCGUUACCUACUCAUUUCGGGAUUUAGUACAUAAUUGCGUGUCCUAUAUCGUUUAAUAUUUAUCUAACUAUAGUCUGUCCAUUCAUUUAUUAUCUUUUUGACAGAUCGACGCCCAUGAAGUUUUGUAUUGUUUACGAUAGAAUGUCAUACAAAUAAUAUUGUACUUCAUGGACGGUUACCGCCCACUUAGUGAUGUGCCACACAUAACGAUUACUAAGAUUAUGCCACAGAUUACAAAUAAUCGGUAGAAAUAAAUGAUUACAACCAAAGUGUAAGGUAGAAACCAACUAAUUAAAAUAUUAACAUUAAAGUUCAUUAUAUAAAUUUCUUCUUAGUUUAUUUUUAAUUUAUUCAGACGUAUACUGAUAAAUCACACCCAGACACAGAACAAAUACUCGUGCACACAUAUUUUGUACUAAGUAAAAUAAUAAAUCUGUUGAAAUUAUUGUAAUAAUUUAUAAAACACCAGUAUUUUUGAUAACUAAAAUAAUUUCGAUACUUAUAAUCGAUUAAACAAUGUUCUAGCAUAAAAUCGGUUACAGCUUUAAAUCGAGUUAUGUGAUAGAGUGUCACUAUUUUUGCUUCGAUCGAUCUGUCAAAAAGGUAAUAACUGAAUGGACAGACUAUAAUCUAUAAGACAAUAAGACUUUCAAAUGUUUCGCUCAGUUCACCGUCAUCAAACUUUGCAUAAAAUUGAUCCGAUAGGAGUAAGAAGAAUAGACUUAUUUCAAUAUGUCUACGUGCUCAUGAAACGUUCAACAUUUGUAUUUGUCAUAGUUUAUGAGCAUUUUGGUAAUAUUCGUUUGUUUGCACCUCAUGGUUUUACAGGUGCUCAGUACAUAAAGAUUUUUUGACUAGAGGAAACCUUUUAACUCUUCGUGUUCACUAUUUAUUGGCUUUACCAAAAUAGUUAGCGAAUAAUAUUAUUUACUAUUGUGGUCACAAAAUAAAUAAUAAUAUUUAUGACCAAAAUAGUUAAGCAAACAAAUGGUUUUCAUUUUGCUCAGAUUUGUUUAAAGCUAAUAUCUAAAUGCCUUCAAAAUCGUCUAAAUGCUUUCGCGUUUUAUCAUUUUGGUCUGAAACAUUUAUUCCACAUCUACACAUUGCAUUGUUAUAAUAGGGUAUUUGACAAGUUUUAGAAAACGAUCUCGCGUUAUUGACUAAUGUUUAUGGAGUCCGUAAAAAGUGAAUAUUCAUCAUUAUUUUGUGUAUUUCGGUACAAAAAACCAAAUCAAAAACUCUAUUUUCAAGUUGCCGCGAAAACGUUUCUCUGGACAAUAUGGCGUCUUCCUAGUGCGUGUCGUCACACGACUGUUAUUAAAACGUCAAACGAUACAAUGUAAUGUCACUUUAACCGGAAGUUUACUUGCGUGUGACGUCAUUUUAGGCUCCGCGAAUCCCAAGCGUUUUGGGUCACGUGACAAUAGAUAAGAAAACUUAUCUUUUUCGUGGGUUUUUAGUAAAAUUAUGAAUAUUUUUUUUGCUAACAAUUGGCACUUAUUUUUAAUACUGUCAAAUACCCUAUUUAUUUGCACAACAAAGGAAAACCUUAUUACAAAAAGUUUGUUGUUUUACAAAUAACAAACAUUUUGUGCAUGACAAUACUUUAGGCAAGUCAUUUAUCAUGAUUUGAAAGUUCACUUAUUUGUUUCUUAGAUUUUCACGCACAUCAUUCAUUAAAUAAAACAAGUUUCAACUGGUUAGAUGCACUGAUUUUAUUUAAUUAUUGACCCUUAAUGGUUAAAGUUACAUAGAAAUCAUACUUAUUAAUAGCAAUAUUGUAUAUUUAUUAGUUACUUUAAUGAAUUCUCUGCAUGUUUGGGUAGCAUAUUAUAUAGCAACUAGCUGACCCAGCGAACUUCGUACCGCCCUAAAAAAAUAGGGGUUGUCCAGCGGACAAAAUUAUGAAUCUAAACCAUUCUCAGAUCCCCUUGAACACACACAAAAAAUUUCAUCAAAAUCGGUCCAGUCGUUUAAGAGAAGUUUAGUGACAUACACAUAUAAUUCUUAUAUAUAAAGAUACUAGAUGAUGAACUAAUACAAUAAAGUACAAUAGUUUAUUAGGAUAAUUAGAUAUUUAGAAAAUGAAAAUUCAAUAACGUGUAGGUAUUUCAAUGGCGUAUUUGUAAAAUUUAAA